ACGAAGUUGACGACACACGCCCAGCGAAGGAAAAAGGCACAACACCGUCAAGAUGCCUUCCCACAAGACUUUCCGCACGAAGCAGAAGCUCGCAAAGGCGCAGAAGCAAAACCGCCCAAUUCCUCAGUGGAUCCGUUUGAGGACUGGCAACACCAUCCGCUACAACGCCAAGCGACGACACUGGCGCAAGACUCGCAUUGGUAUCUAAGCGACUCGCCCCCGUCACGACCGAAGCCGCUCUCUCUCAGCGGAAACGACAAAGCGGCAUUUUGCGAUUACACCAACGACUCAUCACGAUCGCGAGGAGGAUGCUGGUGGCUUCACCUUUUGGGGAAGCUGCUCUGAAAAUGGGGCUACAGCGGACUCUGACAGAACGAAAAUGAAGGAGCUUUCUGCAUUGCGUUACCAGGGAACAUCGGGCGUUAGAUUACAUAUCGCGUCGGGCGCGAUGGAAUGCUGCCUUCGAAUGCUGGCUAUGGCAUGAGUCGUUUGCUGGAGAUAGCGGACUUGCAAUGAGAAAGCUUCGAAAAGGAUCUGGGAUUUCGUGAUACUUUGU